GCCGAAAAUUUACAAGAAAUCCCUGAUGACUCAGUUUGUUAUGCAGAUGCCAAGGAAGAAAUCUUGGAGGAAUGUGAGAGUAUUUGGAAGCAGAUGGAAGAGUGUCAGAGCAAGCUAAAGUUUCUAGAAACAGCAACACUGCCAAAAUCAAAUGCCAAGUUUUCCUUGUCUGUCAUGCACAUGAAAGCUUUGACAGCAGAAUAUAAUCAGUGGCAAAAAAGGAGUCCUGAAAUGAUUUCUACCAAUCCAGAUAUACUGUUGUCAUUAGGAAAAAAAGAGUUGGAGAAAGUAAAAGAUGAUCUUGAAAAUGUGCUGUCAACAGUUCAGGUAAAGAAUAAAAGCCUGGAAGAAGACCUGAAAAGAGAACAGCAGUGGUACGAAGAACAGAAGCAGUUAGUAGAUUCUCUUAGUAGAACUCGAGAAGAGACAAAAAGACAAGUUGAACAAGUUUCCAAGAAAAGAGCAUUUCAUGAACAGAGAAAGAAAAUCUUGGAACUAAAGGUAUAUAAGAAAAAACUACUGACUGCUCUGGAGGAAUUCCUGGAAGAACAUUUUCCUCCUCCAGAGAAAGGUGGAAGUGCUGGAAAGAAGAACUCUCAAGAAGAGCCAGUUGUAGAACUGAAACCGCUGCAAGAUAUAUUAGAGAUUCUUGUAGACAAAUUACUGAGCACACCGCAUGAACCCUAUGUAACAAUCGAUGACUCAUUUUGGCCACCUUAUCUUGAGUUGCUGCUGCGACAUGGAAUUGUUCAGAGACAUCCAGAAAAUCCAGGCAGAAUGCGUCUAGAAGCCUUUCAUGAGUAG